UGCUCUGUUUCCUGUGGAAAAGGUUUGAAGUUUCGUGACGUGCAUUGUUUUAAUAGCUUCCAAACUAAAAUAGAAGAAGGAAACUGCAGACAUUUGAAAAAACCACGGAUGUACAAAAUAUGUAGAGCUGGAAGAUGUCCUGCUUGGAAGGCCAGCAGAUGGAAAGAGUGUUCUGUAUCCUGUGGAGUGGGGAUUCAGCAAAGGGACAUCUACUGUCAGCUGAAGGGCCUGGGUCAAGUCAGUGAAGCAAUGUGUCAUCAUGAUACCCGGCCCGCUAGCCAGAGGCAUUGCCGGCUGCCCACCUGCAUGCAGUACCAGUGGCUGGCAGACGAAUGGGAAGAUUGUUCGGCACCAUAUAGAAGAGGAAAGGAAAUAUAUCGAAAGGUUAAGUGUGUGGACAGAAACCAGAUGCAAGUGGAUGAAAGUUUCUGUGAUCCUGCCACAAAACCUCUAUCAACCAAAAGCUGCAGGAUAGCUCCCUCUAAAUAUGUUGUGCUUACAGGAGAACUGUCACAGUGCUCAGCCAGUUGUGAGUUUGGUUACCUGGAGAGGAUCACAUACUGCGUUGGAAUCUAUUCUGUUCAAAAUCAGCAUGCCCAUGGCCUUCGACCUGUGUCGUACCGAGAAUGCCCAGUAGAGCCAUCCCCGUACGUUUAUAAAUGCAAUAUCAAAGGAUGUUCACAGCCAGCUACCUGGAGAGUGGGGAAGUGGACCAAGUGCUCAGUGUCGUGUGGAGUGGGGGUAAAGGAGAGAGCUGUAGAAUGUAUGACUGAAAACGGCUUAUCCAGUGACUUGUGCCUGCCACGUUUAAAACCAGAUGCCAGAAAGGUCUGCCAUGAGGAAGAAUGUGAAAUUCUGACCACCUGCAAAGAUAUCCAGAUUAAAAAGGGGAUUAAAAAGGAUGGUGAAUACCUACUAAACAUUAAGGGAAAGAUAAUAAAGAUUUAUUGUUCGGGCAUGCACUUAGAGAGUCCCAAAGAAUAUUUGACAUUGGUAAAAGGUGAAGCAGACAACUUUUCUGAAGUAUACGGAUUCAGGUUGCAGAACCCAUAUGAAUGCCCUUUCAAUGGAAGCAGAAGGCAAGACUGUGCCUGUCGAAAUGAUUACCUUGCAGCUGGCUAUACGGUUUUUAGCAAAAUAAGGUUUGAAGUAGCCUCCAUGCAAAUUAAAACCACAGAUUUUCUUUUUGCUCAGACUUUACUUGGGAGAGCAGUUCCGUUUGCUACAGCUGGAGAUUGCUACAGUGCUGCCAGAUGUCCACAGGGACAGUUCAGCAUUAAUUUGGCUGGUACAGGUCUGAAAUUAUCCAGUACAGUUAGAUGGAUUGCUCAGGGCAACUAUGCAACUGCUGACAUACACAAAUCCCACGAUGGUACUAAAAUAUAUGGAAGAUGUGGAGGAUUUUGUGGAAAAUGUAUUCCUAACACAAUUAUUGGUCUCCAACUUCAAAUACA